GUGUGACAAAAAAGUAUUUACGUGGUUAUCCCCUUCUUCUCCCUCACUGGUUCGGGCCAGGCUCGACUCGACUCAGAAACUUCGCUACAACUAUUUGUUUCUCAGUCUUUCUCUUCUUCUAAUUUGUCAAAAACAAAAUGGCCGAGCGACAAGCAGUUGAUCAGCAGAAUCAACCAGAUCCGCCAUUGCAAUCCAAUCCAGCUCCAAAGGAAGAUAUGCUUACUUGUCUCGUUGCUUUAGAAGCUGCUUUGCUGCCAUGCUUACCUGCUAGAGAACUCCAGGCAAUUGACCGUUCACCCCAUCCUUCUCAUCAGAUUGAUGUGGAAAGGCAUGCCAGAGACUUUAUGGAGGCUGCUAAAAAGCUUCAACUCCAUUUGAUUGGCCUGCAACGUGAGGAUGAACCAAGUAGGGCUGAAACACUGAGGAAGGAGAUUGCUGUGAUGGAAGAAGAAUUGAAAGUUAAAACCGAGCUUAUCAAUAGACAUGAGAAAUUGAUUCAAGGGUGGAGAAAGGAGUUGAAAGACCAACUAGACAAACACCUAACUGAAUUGGAGAGGGUAUAGCUGAUGGCCAACAGGUUAAACAAUGUAGAGAGAGAUAUUGGUGGGUGGAUGUGUGAAUUCAAGCAUCUUUUGGAAGGGGCUUAGGAGGCUUUAAUUUUAACUUAAUUAUGACUUGCGCAAGUUGUCAACGACAUACUUUUAUCUGCCGUUUGUACAACUUGUAGAGCAUUUUGUUCAGCAUUGUUAGAAUCCAAAGUGUUGUCGGAUCCACAGAGAGGAAGGAUUGUAUGUUUAUGUUUAGGAUUGAAUCGGCUUUUCUUUGUUGACAGUCUGGUUUUGUGUAUUUAUUGUAACAACAAGAACAAAAAUUAGAUACAGAGACCUUAGCUUUCGCUCUUUCAGGCCUUGUUGCUCAGCGAAACCUAAGGAAUUCACAUUUCAUUAACAGAUUGGAAACAAAUUUUGAAGUUCGAUUAUGUGAAA